AUGACAAUGCUAUCAAACUAUUUCUAUUCACUCUCACAAACUCCUCAUAGGCUUAGAAAAAGAAUGCUAGCAACAUGGACACCAGACCAAGAAUUCAACCAAGUGAGACAUAGGUCUGGUGCAGACAUGAAAAGGAAGCUUAAUUGGUAUGAUCUUGUAGCUCUUGGAGUUGGAGGAAUGCUUGGUGUUGGUGUGUUUGUUACAACCGGUCCUGUUGCUCUUCAUCAGUCCGGUCCUUCGGUUUUUAUGUCUUAUAUCAUAGCAGGAAUAUCAGCACUUUUGUCUUCUCUUUGUUACACUGAAUUUGCAGUUCAAGUUCCAGUUGCUGGAGGAGCUUUCAGUUAUUUAAGAUUAACAUUUGGAGAAUUCUUGGGAUAUUUUGGUGGGGCAAAUAUACUAAUGGAGUAUGUUUUUUCAAAUGCUGCUGUAGCUAGGAGUUUUACAGAAUAUCUAAGCUUUGCAUUUGGAGAAAACAAUCCAAAUGUAUGGAGAGUGGAAGUUCAUGGAUUGCCAAAGGAUUAUAACAUGUUGGAUUUUCCAGCAGUAGCUCUCAUUCUUCUCCUUACUCUCUGCUUGUGUCAUAGUACAAAGGAAAGCUCUAUAUUGAACCUAAUUAUGACAGUGUUCCAUGUGAUUUUCUUUGGAUUCAUUAUUGUGGCUGGCUAUUGCAAUGGAAGUGCCAAGAACAUGGUUAAUCCAAAAGGGAUAGCUCCUUAUGGUGUUAGAGGUGUUCUUGAUGGAGCAGCAAUAGUUUACUUUAGUUAUAUAGGCUAUGAUUCAGCUUCAACCAUGGCUGAAGAGGUUAAGGAUCCUUAUAAGAGUCUACCAAUUGGAAUUGUGGGUUCUGUUCUUAUAACCACUUUGCUUUAUUGCCUUAUGGCUCUCUCUUUAUGCAUGAUGGUUCCUUACAAUAAGAUAUCAGAGAAAGCUUCCUAUUCAAUGGCUUUUCUCAGAAUUGGUUGGAGUUGGACUAGCAACAUUGUUGGAGCAGGUGCAAGUUUAGGUAUAGUGGCUUCCCUUCUUGUUGCAAUGUUAGGACAAGCAAGAUAUCUUUGUGUUAUAGGAAGGGCAAGGCUUGUUCCAUCUUGGUUGGCCAAAGUACAUCCUUCAACAGGCACUCCAUUGAAUGCCACUAUCUUUUUGGGAUUUUGCACGGCGUUAAUUGCGCUAUUCACAGAGCUAGACAUUAUAAUAGAGUUGAUUAGCAUCGGGACGUUGAUGGUGUUCUACAUGGUAGCGAAUGCUCUGAUAUAUCGUCGCUAUGUAAUCACGGGCGGUACUCCGCCUUUACACACACUCUUGUUCCUAUUUCUCCUCUCCCUCACUUCCUUAUGCUUCUCCAUAGUGUGGAAAUUCAAGCAGCAAUGGUGGGGUCUAUUACUCUUUGGUGGCUUCAUGAUCACAAUAAUAGCCUUUUUUCAACACAUGGUACCUUGUGACAACAACCUUGUACAACAACAAUAUGCUCAUUGUUGGUAUGUCCCAUUCAUGCCAUGGCCACCAUCAAUGUCCAUCUUUCUCAAUGUUUUCCUGAUGAUGACACUCAAAACACUCUCUUUUCAACGAUUCGCUUUGUGGUCAUGUUUUAUUACCAUGUUCUAUGUUCUCUAUGGUGUUCACUCUACAUAUCAAGCUGAGGAGAUUGAGAAUUUGAGUGGUGUUAAUCAAGUGGUUAUGAAUUUGAGUGUACCUAACUUACAAACUAAGGUGGAAAUUCAAGUGCAUUAG